GGCCCUUUAUAAUCAUCGUCCCCAAUAGGGUUUUACUAGGGUUUCUAUUUCACACUUACACACAUAUCCUCCGUUCACCAUGUCUCCAAUUUCCGGCCGUCACAGGCAGUCGGAGCUAACGGCGGAGGGAAUCGCAGCAUCAGGCCUCACAUCCGAAAAACUAAGCUUACCAAAUUUACAAUCAAAGAUGAAAUGCGAUCCAGAAGGUUACGAAUCAGAACUAACGUUAGUAUACAAUCAAUUCAAAUCUUCAAUGGAACUAUUCGAACAACAAGCCGCACUUAAUUUCACUUCCCUUAGCGGUGUAUCCACUGACCCUACGGUUUCAAAGGACUUAGGCGAACGUGCGAUGUUUUUAUCACACGUUACGCCUUUUUACCCUAAACAGCUCGUUAAUUUCCCUAAAGAGUUAGCUCAGUUGCUUCGUUCUUCGGCGAGGACUUUGCCUUCUGGGUUACGUGUUCAUGUUACUCAAGCUCUGAUUUUACUCCUUAAUCGAAAGAUUGUUGACAUUGGGGAGACACUUGCAUUGUUCAUGGAGCUCCAGACUCUGGGGGAUAGGGUUUUGAGAAAAUUGGCUUUCUCACAUAUUGUCCAUAGUAUUAGACGUUUGAAUCAGAAGCACAAGAAUGAUACAAAGAAUCGGGCACUUCAGAAUAUUUUGUUUGCCUUGCUACAGCAAGAGGAUGAAGCGAAAGCAAAAAGAGCACUCAUCACACUUUGUGAACUUCAUCGGAGAAAAGUGUGGUUUGAUGAUAGAACAGCAAAUGCUGUAUGCUCGGCAUGCUUUCAUUCAUCAUCGAGGAUUAUGGUUGCUUCUUUAUCCUUUAUUCUUGAUUAUGAGAAAAUUGAAGACGACUCAGAUAGUGAUAUGGCAGAUAGUGAAGAUGAACAAACAUCCACUCAGCCUCAGGUUGUGGUAAAUAAAGAGGCUAUUUAUAAGGCAAAUAAUAAGGGUACAUCAGCCAGCAAAAAGAAAAAGCAAGCAAAGUUGCAGCGUGUCGUCCGCAGCAUGAAGAAGCAGCAGCGCAUGCAAUCUGACAAUAACAGCACUGGUUAUUCUUCCCCAUUAAACCACUUAAAGGAUGCACAGGGAUUUGCUGAAAAGCUGUUCUCACGUCUUCAGACUUGCAAUGAGAGGUUUGAGGUUAAGAUGAUGAUGCUGAAAGUAAUUGCCCGAACAGUCGGGCUUCAUCACUUGAUUUUGUUGAACUUUUAUCCUUACCUUCAGAGAUAUGUUCAGCCUCAUCAGCGUGAUGUGACAAAUUUGCUUGCUGCAGCGGUUCAGGCAUGUCAUGAUAUGGUGCCUCCUGAUGCAGUUGAACCAUUAUUUAAACAAAUAGUCAAUCAGUUCGUGCAUGACCGUUCAAGACCCGAGGCUAUAUCUGUUGGAAUCAAUGUUAUUCGAGAAAUAUGUUUGCGCAUGCCUUUGUUGAUGACAGAAGAUUUGCUGCAAGACCUUGUGUUGUACAAAAAAUCAAAUGAGAAGGCAGUUUCGUCAUCGGCUCGAUCACUUCUUACUUUGUUCAGAGAGGUUUGCCCUUCACUUCUAGUUAAGAAAGAUAGAGGACGCCCUACUAACCCAAAAGCAAGGCCUAAGGCAUUUGGUGAAGUUAGUGUUGCCAGCAGCAUUCCGGGCAUUGAGUUGCUGGAGCAGGAGGAUAAUGACAGUGAUGAUGAUAUAGAGGAAGGCUCUGUUGGCUUGUCUGACCAUGAUGAUCAAAGUGAUGAAGAUGUUGACCCUGGCGAAGAGGAUGCCAGUAGUGAAAAAGAUGGAGAUGAUGCUUCCUACGGUGAAUCUGGUGACUCUAGUGGUGAUGAUUGUGAAAUUGAUGAUGCAUGUGAUACUGAUGAAGAUAACAAAGCGCAAGCUGCUGAAGAAUUUUCAGAAAAUGAUGAUGCCAUUGAUAGUGCUGAUGCCACUGAAGAUGAUGA